GGAGUGGGCACUCCACAGAUUUUUGAAGUGGAGCCAGAUACCUGGGACACGCAACCUCUUUUUGUCCCUGGGAGUGGAUCCUGGCGGGGUGGGAUGGGGCAGGGCCCCGCCCCCAGCACGCCUCUUCCCAAGGGGAAACUGGCCACUGGCAGCUGUUUGCUUAGAGAAGGGGCCAGCCAGCCUCCUGGCCCUUCCUUUCCACCUCAGAUCCUGUCCACAGCUCGGCUCCUGUCCUCUCCCGCCAUGCACCCGUCGCGAGCUCCCGCGGCGCACGACGGCGGGGUUCGGGGCUGCGCAGUGCCAGGCACCGUGCUUCUGCUGUUCGCCUACCUGGCUUACCUGGGGCUGGGCACCUGCGUGUUCUGGGAGCUGGAGGGCCGCGCGGCUGAAGAGUCCAGCCGCAGCUUCCAGCGCGACAAGUGGGAACUGUUGCAGAACUUCACGUGUCUGGAUGGCCCCGCGCUGGACCUGCUGAUCCGGGACAUCAUCCAGUUGUACAAAGACGGGGCCCACCUCCUGAGCAACACCACCAGCAUGGGACGCUGGGAGCUCAUGGGCUCCUUCUUCUUUUCUGUGUCCACCGUCACCACCAUUGGCUAUGGCAACCUGAGUCCCCAGACCAUGGCCGCCCGGCUCUUCUGCAUCUUCUUCGCCCUGGUGGGGAUCCCGCUGAACCUCGUGGUGCUCAAUCGCCUGGGCCACCUCAUGCAGCGGGGGGUACACCACUGUGCCCACAGGCUGGGGGGCACCUGGCAGAGGCCCCGAGCCCCGGGCAGAGGCCACAGGGCAGGCGCUGUGUGCACCCAGGACCCGGCCCAGGCUCGGUGGCUGGCGGGCUCGGGCGCGCUCCUCUCGGGCCUGCUGCUCUUCCUGCUGCUGCCCCCGCUGCUCUUCUCCCACGUGGAGGGCUGGAGCUACCUGGAGGGCUUCUACUUCGCCUUCAUCACCCUGAGCACCGUGGGCUUCGGCGACUACGUGAUCGGGAUGAAUCCCUCCCGGAGAUAUCCAUUGUGGUACAAGAACAUAGUGUCCCUGUGGAUCCUCUUUGGGAUGGCGUGGCUGGCCUUGAUCAUCAAACUGGUCCUCUCCCUGCUUGAGACCCCAGUGGGGACGUGUUCCUGCCACAGCUCCAAGGGGGACCUCAAGUUCAGAAGCUGGAGGCAGAACCCAGUCGGGGGACCCCAGGCCCACUCCCCUCAGCCACACUGCUCCCCAGAGGGGCCUGUGGGACUCGUACAGCAUCUGGAGCCCUCCACUCGGGUUGUGUGCUGUGGCAGGGACAGCCAGUCACACUCCAGUAUCUCGGAUCUUCCUCCUCAGUAACAAGACCUCUGAUUUUAAGCACAACAUAAGAACAUCCAGACUAAAGACUAUGUUUUCAGUCUUCCCUUCAGGCUAGGUGCAGCUAUCUGAUUAAAUUCCACCAGCAGGAUCAACAGACAAGUCUCCUGUGUGACUCUGGAGAUGGAGCAUGCCCCUCUUCCCCCACUUCCUUCCUCUAGCUGAUAAUGCUUAUAUUGGUGGCUGGUGCUCUGGCAGCCAUUUGGUACCACGAAGCAGAAGCCAUGUUUGCGAUUGAUGGCGCAGUAACAGAAAGAGCCUGAAUCCCUGAUGAUCACAGAGCCAUCAUAACAAACCUGGACUGAAGACCACCUGACUUCAUAUAUGUGAGAGACAAAUAUGAGUCUUAUUUUAAA